ACACACCCAUUGUUCAACGUGGAGUCCGCCAAAAGAAGGAUCAAUGGAACAAUCGGAACUAAAUACUAUCCUGCAAAAAUGGCUUGAAGGACUUCAACAAGUCUCACAGCAGCAGCAAGAAAAACCUUCCAAUAAGCCAGAAAAUGACCCACUCCUAGCUGAAGGGGAUCAAGAAUUAUCAAAUGUCUUAGACAAAUUAGGGGCGUGCCUCAAAAUAACGGGACCUUUAAAAACCUCGUUGCACUCGGGAGGGACUCACCUCUCAGUCCUAGCCCGUUCCUUGUCCUGUUAUCUCUCAGUGGCUCUAGACCAAAGGGACAUUGAUGGACUUGCUGGAUAUGUCCAUGUACAUGUAGCAAAUAUAAUGAUCGGAUUAAUAGGAUUAGACAUUAAUAAACCAUUGGCCUCGAUUUAUCACGAUGACGUCAGAGAUGGUUACUUAAGAGCGAUUCAGAUGGCUUUGUAUAGGAAGUAUGAUAAAAUGGGGACCGAUGGUCUACUAGCAGCUGCCACAAAGCCUCCUGUAAUAUAUCUGAGUGCCAGAGGUGAAAUAGAGCCAUUAUACUCUUCGUGUGUGAGGGCUGGCUUGCCUCAGUCCUCUCUCUCUAUAAUUCCCUGUUCUACAGUUCAUGGCUCUACUCAUUCAUUAGACACCAAUGCUUUAGAGAAGAAGAUUAAUGAAGACAAUAAUGUUGGAAAGACACCAUUAAUGGUUGUUGCUUAUGCAGGAACACCUCUUGCUGGUCAUAUUGAUGAUUUGGUGACAUUAAGAGGAAUUUGUGAUCAAUAUAACAUGUGGCUACAUGUAACAGGUCAUGGGCUCUCCUCACUAUGUCUUCCAGAAGAGAGAGAUGAAAUAAAAGGAUUCAGUGAUGCUGAUAGCUUCACACUGUUCCCUGGGACGUGGUUUGGGAUUCUUAGCUCUCCAAAGAUUACGUUUCAUAAACACCCCAAAGUUAUAACUACCAGUGGAGUUCCUACUCCUGCUAACUUUCCAGGAGAGAAUCCCGAUCUCUCUUCAAAGGAUUUUGCAAUCCCUCAGUCCUCAUGGCUAGGUCUUUAUCCCCGUGGUCUUUCAAAGCUACUGGCGCUACCACUCUGGCUCUGCAUGCAGUAUCUUGGUGAGUCUGCACUGGUCGAUACUGUCAGCUACUGUAGAGGACUGACUAAGAACAUGAUGAAGAGAUUAGAUGAGAUACCUGGCAUUACAAGACUAGCUAUUCCAAGUCAUACCUCUUAUGUCAUCUUGUUUAAAUAUUCCGGCAGUGGGCAGUUAGUUCUCCCUCCAUCUUUUAAGAGUUUUAUUAAUCCAGUGCCACACCCACAAGAGCAGAAAGACAGCUCCUCAGAUCAGGAGUCUGGUUCCAGCGAAAAAGGAGACAAAGAAGGCAGUGAUACCCAGCCACCAGAAGAUGACGAGGGCCCCCUUGUAGUCACUAUACACGGAAUGCCACUAGUACUCACUAACCUAUAUAACGUCAUGAUAUCAAAGGAUCUUCAAGCAUUGUUUCCAAAGGUUGGCAUAGUAACGUAUGACAUGGGCGGGAAGGAUGGGAUUGUGUUUCACUUUGAUCCAAUUACAUCGUUUCCUGAGUAUAGUACAUCAAUUGAAGACAUUGAGAAAUUUGCUGAAGAAUUGAAACAGAAAAUAGAUACCAUAUAUCCCAUUACUCAAGCAAGGUGUCUCUUUGAAGUUGUACUAAGACGACAGAGCAAUCUGAGAUGGUUGGAGUUUCCUAACAUUCACUGUGUGGCCAUUAUGCAAUAUGUUAAGUCAGAUUUUAUAGAAAAGCAAGAGUUGACUUUUGAAGAGGUGAACAUGUUGAACAAACUUAACAUUGAGCUGUGUCAACAUUUAAAUAAUGAGAGUGGAGUAUCAGUCUUCCAACCUUUCCAACACGGAAACUUCACAUGUGUAUUACUAAGAGAGCUCCCUAAAGAGGUAGACAUGUUUGCAUUGUUGGAGAAUGUUAUAACAGGAACAAAGAAUUUCGAAAAACAGAAAGAAGAGCUGCAGGGAUUAGAGGAAAAGAUAAGACAAGGCAUAAUAGCAGCUCAAGAAGACUUGAGCAAAGAGAAAGAAAAGUUUGAAGAGGAAGAAUCUGUACUUAAAUAUGUUCCACUGGUUGGGUCAGUGGUGAGCUGGCUCUAUCCAACGUCACCAGGCGGAGUCAAGGGACGCUCUUUUAAUCUUGCAUCAGGUAAAGUGCAGACCUCAGAAAAGGUUUAUCAGCAUAAGAUGCAAGUAGUGGACGAAAAGGAAGAGAAAGGAGAGGAGGAGGGAGGAAAUGAUGACGAGGCACCUCCUUCAAAAGAAACGACACCUGUGAAACCUGUCACUCCGCCUAAGGAAGUAACCCCUACGCCUGUCCCUACAGAAGCAUGAGUACAUGGAACGUGUGUGGGUCAAAAUUGGCGCUGUCUUUUUUUUUGAAUUGUGUGUGUAAAACAAUUAAAUUUAUGCAGGUACUCAGAAAAAAAUUUUUAAGUUUUA